GUGAGCGUUCUAUUGUCUCUCCCAGACAUUCAUGUAAAUGCAUUAACAAGAGACCACAAAACUGCCUUUGACAUUGCUGAAGGGCUGCCUCUUUCUCAAGAGACCACUGAAAUCAAAGAGAUACUGUCACAUUUCGGUGCUGUUCGUGCGAAUGAGCUAAACCAGCCUCGCGAUGAGCUGCGAAAGACCGUCACUGAAAUCAAACAGGACGUUCACACCCAGCUUGAGCAGACAAGGAAGACCAACAAAAAUGUCCAUGGAAUUGCCAAGGAGCUCCGGAAGCUCCACCGCGAGGGCAUCAACAACGCAACCAACUCCGUCACUGUGGUCGCCGUGCUCUUCGCCACCGUGACAUUUGCGGCGAUCUUCACGGUUCCCGGCGGCGACGAUAACAGCGGCAUGGCGGUCACG